GCAGGAGGAGGAGGAGGAGCGGGAGGGAGGAAGGCUCGCAGCAGCAGCCGCAGCAGCAGCAGGGGCGGCCUCGCUGCCGUGGCCGCGCUCCCGGCGCGCUCCGAGCUGGGACGGGCCCUGCGCUGAGCCCGCGAGCGCCGCGCGGGUGCCUCCGCCAUGGCCCCGGGGCUGGCACCGGCCGCGUCCCCGGCGCUGUGGCGGCGCUGGGCGCUCUGGGCCGGCCUGGUGGCGCUGGCGGCGGCGCAGGAGCCGUGGCGGCAGCUGAUCCAGUGGGAGAACAACGGGCGGCUCUACAGCCUCCUCAACAGCGGCGCCGAGUUCCUGCCCGCCCGCCGCGAGCGGCCCGCGGGGAACCGCCUGUGGCUGGCGGGCACCGGGGGCACCGCGGGGACAGCGGGGACAGCGGGGACAGCGGGGACAGCGGGCACAGCGGGGACAGCGGGCAGCGUCCGCCGCCAGGCCCCCGCCUCGGGCACAGUGCGGGGACAAGCGCGACAUCCCUUCGGCUUCGGCCAAGUGCCGCCCAACUGGAGGGACGGCCCGCUGGGCGACAGCGCGGGGCUGGCAGCGGGGGCACAGCGGCGACCACCGGCACGGGGCCGCCAAGCCACCGGCACAGCCCCCGGCGUGGCCUCGGUGGCCUCGGUGUCCUCGUUCGCCUUCGCCGCGGCGGGACAGCCGCCGUUUGUCGCCGCGGGGGUGGCGGGACAGUCGCCGUUUGUGCCCUCCGGGGUGGCCCCGCAGUCGCCGUUUGUGCCCUCGGGGGUGGCACCGCACGGGGAGCGCCCCGAGGGUGUCCCCGCGUCGCGGAGCGCGGUGGGGACCGGGAUAGGGACCGGGAUGGGGACCGGGAUGGGGACCGGGAUGGGGACCGGGAUGGGGCCAGGGACGGGGGUGGCGUUCCCGCUGCAUCCCGAGGAGUUGGGCGAGGAGCAGAUUCCCUACGGAGCCGCGUUCCCGCUGGAUCGCCGGUAUUCCCACAGUUUGUACCACGAUGCCGAGCCGCAGGCCGGGAUGGCCUCCAUGGAAAACCUGCAGCUGCCGCUGGGAUUUGGGGAGCAGCUCCCACCCCAAGAGCCGCAGCCGCCGUUCCGGGAAUCCUUUGGGAUUGCCCAUCCCGAGCCUUUCAUUCCCGGCCGGAGCCUGGAAAUCCCACAGGCCGUGCCCGACAGCCAAGCCCGGCUCAGCGUGGGCAGCGUCUACAGGCCCAGCUUUGGGGCGCGGGGUGAGUUUGGGGUUUUGCGCGGGGGUGAGUUUGGGGUUUUUCCUUGGGAUGGGAUGGGGCUGGGAUUGCCGGGAUUCGCUCGGGGGUUGGGGAUUUUGGCCGAGUUUUCCGAGAGUUUUCGCUCCGUGCUGGAGCUGGAGGGCCCCAUCCCGGAGGAUUUGGGGCCGUGGGAAGGGCCCAUCCCAGCCCUGCCCGGGGAGUAA